UUCUUUCACCUGUUGUGCUUUCCCUCCCUAGAGCACACAGUUUAUCCCACGCACAUCCUCCAGUCCGGCUAUCUUGUAGGACUGAGUCGUGGGUUACGGCUACACUGCUUAAACUUUGUGAACACUUGUUUUUGCAUUGCACGUGCAGCAAACAACAACAACCUCUGUCCGCAAUGUUCUCCUUCUCUAGGAGCGCAGCUUGGAGCUGCCUCUUGGUGGCCCUGCACUUCACCCUCGCCUUGGCCGCCAAGUCGCUCACCAACACCAUCCUCAUCCUCGCCCGCGACACCUACUCGGGUACUUCCGCUGCCGAAGGCCUGCAGGGCUAUGGCAUCCCUUACCAGAUCGUGCUGGUGCCCCAGGCCGGCAUCACCCUCCCCGCCCUGACCACGGGCACCGACCAAGGCAACUACGGCGGCAUCAUCGUCGUCAGCGAGCUCUCGUACCAGUACAGCGACGGCUGGCGCUCCGCCAUCACGGCCGCGCAAUGGGAGACCAUCUACAGCUACCAGACCAACUUUGGUGUUCGCCUGGUCCGCCUCGACGUCUUCCCCAGCACGGACUUGGGCGUCGACCUGGCUGUUGCCGGUGCCGGCUGCUGCAACACGGGCGUCGAGCAGCUCAUCUCCUUCUCGGACGUCUCCGACUUCCCUACCGCCAACGUCAAGACCGGCGCCGGCGUGAGCACCCAGGGUCUCUGGCACUACCCGGCCAAGAUCGUCAACUCGACCAUCGCCAAGCCCAUUGCCACGUUUGCUCCUUCUUCCGAUGGCACCUUUUCCACCACCAGCGUCGCGGCCAUCAUCAACACCUUUGGCACUCGCCAGCAGAUGGUCUGGUUCACCUCAUGGGCCACCGACUGGGCCUUGGCCUCCAACUACCUCCAGCACGGCUUCAUCCACUGGAUGACCCGCGGUCUCUUCGUCGGCAAGCGCAAGAUCCACCUGUCCACCCAGGUCGACGACAUGGGCUUGGAGACCGAGAUCUACCACCCGGCCGGCAACAACUUCCGCAUCCGCAUCUCGGAUCUCGAGACCCACGCCACCUGGCAAAGCAACAUCAACACCCGUCUGCCCGCCGGCUCCCACUACUUUAUCGAAAUGGGCCACAACGGCAACGGUGACUUUAUCGAGGGCCUCCCCAAAGCCACCAGCGACACCAUGUGCAACCCCUCCGAGGCCGUCGACUACGAGUCUCCCCCCGACACGCCCCUGGACUUCAAGAAGCCGCUCGGCACCGGUCUCACCCUCUGGAAAUCCACCUACGUGAACUACACCUGGUCGCUGCAGUGCGCGCUCCUCGACGACAUCACCACGUGGUUCUUCAACCACAUCAACACCUUCGCCUCUGUGUCUCACACCUUCACGCACGAGGAGCUCAACAACGCCACCUACAGCGACGCCAACAAGGAGAUCUACUUCAACCAAGCCUGGCUCAACCAGAUCGGCUUCGGCGCCUCCUCCAUGUUCUCCCCGCUUGGCCUGAUCCCGCCCGCCAUCACGGGCUUGCUCAACGGUGACGCCAUCAAGGCCUUUCUUGAUAACGGCAUCCGCUACGUCGUCGGCGACAACACGCGCCCCAUUCUGCGGAACCCCGAGAACUCGUUCUGGCCGGCCAUAACCAACGUCGCGACCAACGGGUAUGAUGGUCUGGUCAUCAUCCCGCGCUGGGCUACGACUAUUUACUAUAACUGCGACACGCAGGAAUGCACGCUGCAGGAGUGGAUCGAUACCUCGGCUGGCGCGGCGCCCUUUAGCAACCUGCUUGAUGAUGCCCGCCGCGUGAAUGUUCGGUACUUGUUGGGUCUCCAUCCUGAUCCGUACAUGUUCCACCAGGCCAACUUGCGCAGUGGCGAUGUUGACCAGAUCACUGUUGGGUCUGUCAGCGGCAAGCUCUCGCUGCUUCAGAUCUGGGUGGAGACUAUCACGCAGGAGAUGGUCCGUCUUACCAACUGGCCUAUUGUUUCGCUGAAGCAUGAUGAUAUCGGCCGUCUGUUUGUUGAUCGCAUGACGCUUGACAAAUGCAACCCCAACAUGCAGUAUAACUACUCUGCUGACGGCACCAAGAUCGUCAGCGUGACUGUUACUGCCACCAACAACCAGUGCUCUGUCCCUAUCCCCGUCACUGUGCCCGCUUCCGCGUCUGGAUCGGCUACUGUUGAUGCUCUGGGCAACGAGCCCAAGAUUUACUGGACUACGCUGUCCGGUUCGCCUGUCACUUUGACGCUUUCUUCGCAAAUCAGCAUUUAAGGAUGGAGUUCAAACGGUGGGGGAUUUCUUGGGAUACCUCGUGUCUUUUUUUGUGCAAUGAGUAAUAAUUUCAAAUGAACUUGAUGAAUGACUCUUAGAUGCGCAUUUGUGAUGAGAAGUAUCUGCUAGCA